AUGGGGAUGUACAAAGGAAUAGAACUGUCCAAGCUAAAUUUGUUGGUUUUCUGCAAAGACGUGGAUGAAAUUAGCAUCGUAGAAACCUUACAGUACGACUUUGGUACAAUAAGAACCGCUACGGAUAACUUUUCUGAUAGUAACAUGCUUGGACGAGGCGGAUUUGGAGCGGUUUACAAGGGUAGGCUUCCAAAUGGACAACAGAUAGCUGUGAAGAGGCUGUCCCGAGGUUCAAGACAAGGUGAAGAAGAGUUUAAGAAUGAAGUCUUAUUGGUAGUGAAGCUUCAGCACCGGAAUUUAGUUAGACUCUUAGGUUUCUGUUUGGAAGGAACAGAAAGACUUCUCGUAUAUGAGUUUGUGCCCAAUGCAA